AUGAGUGCUGCAUCCACACCAAAUGGAGUGUCGCGGAAGCGCAAAGACCUUUCUGAUGAAGCCUUUGAACCCGCCGUAAAGCGACUGAAGAUCCACGAUGCAGAAGAUGCGCCAGCUCCACUACCACCACCUCCUCCACCAGAGGAGCCUCAAAGCGAAGAGGAGGAGGAGGAGCUGGUUCCAAGAUCUCGACAGGAAGCACCCCAGGAGGGAUUUGAUGAUCUAUAUCUUGAUACAAUUAAUCGCAGUGUUCUCGACUUCGAUUUCGAAAAGCUCUGCUCCGUAUCCCUCUCGAAUAUCAACGUCUACGCCUGUCUAGUCUGCGGAAAAUACUAUCAAGGCCGCGGGCCUAAGUCACACGCGUACUUUCACGCGCUGGAGGUAGGGCAUCAUGUCUACAUCAAUAUGCAAACACAAAAGGUGUACGUGCUGCCGGAAGGAUACGAGGUGAAGAACAAGAGCUUGGAGGACAUCAAAUUCGUGUCCGACCCCACAUAUACUAAGGAGCAGGUCAUGGCCCUGGACCGGGAAUCGCAGACAGCCUGGACACUUCUGGGAAAGGAAUACACUCCUGGAUUCGUGGGGAUGAACAAUAUCAAGGAAAAUGACUACUUUAAUGUCAUAAUCCAGGCUCUGGCGCAUGUCCCACCACUACGAAACUACCUCUUGCAAACAUCUUUCACCUCAUCUCCCGAACUAUCAAAGCGCCUCUCGAUCCUCGUUCGCAAAAUCUGGAAUCCUCGUGCCUUCAAAUCACAUGUCUCACCUCACGAACUCCUCCAAGAAAUAAGUCUGAAAUCCAAUAAGAAGUUCACCCUCACUACACAAGCAGACCCCGUCGACUUCCUCUCUUGGUUCUUGAAUAACCUACACUUGGCGUUGGGAGGAAGCAAGACCAAACCCGGAAGCAGUAUAAUCCAAUCCAUCUUCCAAGGAAAACUCAAGGUCGAAUCCCAAGCUAUAACCGCCAAAGCGGACGCCGGGGACCGGCUAAGAUUUGAAGAAGCAGCCUCCGUCACAACCACAACUUCUCGCUUUCUAUUUCUGACACUCGAUCUGCCCUCUGCUCCACUAUUCCAAGAUGAGUUGGAGAGGAAUAUCAUCCCGCAAGUUCCACUCACGAGUAUACUGAGCAAGUAUGAUGGGUUGAGGAGUCAGGAACACUUGAAUCAACGGAAACGGUAUCGCUUGCUACACCCACUGCCGCCUUAUUUGUUGUUGCAUGUCAAACGAUUUAGUACCAAUAAGUUCGUGUCUGAACGGAACCCUACCAUUGUCACUUUUGAUGCAAGGAACUUGGAUCUGUCGCCGUAUGUGGAACCUAACCCUAAAUUCUCCCCGCCCGGGGAGCCGAUUUGGUAUGAUUUGGUAGCGAACGUGGUACACGAGGCCGUGAGAGGCAGGGAGGAUAGUGUGGAGGGAGAAAGUGAGAAGAGGAGCUGGAAAUGCCAGAUUAGGGAUAGGGGCAGGGAGGAGUGGGUGCAGGUGCAGGACUUGUUUGUGGAGAAGACGCAGAAGGAGCUGUUAUACCUCGGGGAGAGCUAUUUACAGGUGUGGGAGAAGAGGAGAACGGGGCAAGCGAAGACGAAUGGGAAAAUGGCUGCGAGGUGA